AUGUACUCGAAGCAGUUUAUUCUCUCCUUCUCUCUUCUUCUGUUUCUCCCGAUCGUCUUCUUCUUCGUCGCGCCACAUGUCUUCCCUUCUCCUCCCGGCGAAUCUCUCAUUCCAAUCUCCGAUGAGAUCGACGACCAGAGCCUAUUCCUCGCCGCCGCUGGAUCAACUUCCCUCUCCCAUCUCUCAUCCGGAAACCGCAACCCGAAGCUCAAGAUUGCCUUUCUAUUCCUCACCAACUCCGACCUCCAUUUCGCGCCAAUCUGGGAUCGGUUCUUCUCCGGCCAGUCCCAAUCGCUCUACAACGUCUACGUCCACGCAGAUCCGUUCGUGAACAUCACGAGACCUGGGAAAGGCUCUGUAUUCGAGAACGCCUUCAUUGCGAACGCUAAGCGCACCGCACGGGCCUCGCCGACUCUCAUCUCCGCCACGAGACGCCUCCUCGCCACCGCCUUCCUCGACGACCCUGCCAACACUUACUUCGCCGUGCUCUCUCAGUACUGCAUCCCUCUCCACUCCUUCAAAUACGUCUACAGCUCCCUCUUCGAAUCUUCCACGUUCGACAAAUCCGAUCCCGAUCCGACUCCGACUCCGAGAGGUAUCAGGAUCUGGUAUCGGAGUUUCAUCGAGCUCAUAUCCGACGAGCCGAGGCUUUGGAAACGGUACAACGCUCGAGGGAGGUACGCUAUGAUGCCGGAGGUCCCUUUCGAGAAGUUCCGUGUGGGUUCGCAGUUCUUUGUCAUGACCAGGAGACACGCUUUGCUAACGAUCAAAGAUCGUAUCUUGUGGCGCAAAUUCAAGCUCCCGUGUUAUCGUUCCGACGAGUGUUACCCGGAGGAGCAUUACUUCCCGACGCUGUUGAACAUGAGGGAUCCGGAUGGGUGCACCGGGUAUACAUUGACCCGGGUUAACUGGACUGGCACUGUGAAAGGGCAUCCUUACACCUAUAAACCCAAGGAAGUCGUGCCCGAGCUGAUCAAGAAACUCCGGCAAUCAAGCCAUUCGAGCUCCUACUUUUUUGCACGCAAAUUUACUCCUGAUUGCUUGAAGCCCUUGUUGGCCAUUGCAGAUUCGGUGAUCUUCAGAGAUUAA